CUCUGCUUGCGUGUGAACGAGGUUCGAGGUUCGGGGGAGUUGUCGCUGUCUGUCUGAUGAUGAGAACCGUUUUGCCUCUAUUCUGCAACUGUAUCCCGUUUCCUCCCACAAACCAGCCCCACUUUCUCAGCCACAAGUUGCUGCAUAUUUAACUGAAAAGUGCCAAGUGAAAUGCUCUCAUUUGCAGGAGGGAGACUGUGCGCGAGGUUAGGGCACGCUUUUCCCGCAACAAGAUGAUCACUGAGCGCAGAAGUACCCACCACUGAAAUAAGUGACGACGACAACGAUGAUGGAAUGGAAGUGGACGCCAAGGAAAUAUUUCCAAGGACCAUGGUGGGUUGGGGUUGGGGUUAUGCUCUUCUCUUGUGGUCUGGUUGCAUCAUCGUCCUCUAAUGGGAGGGAGGACCAGGACGAUUAUAGGAGCACGUUGGAUUUAUUUGAUAGUGAUGACUUGGUGCAAUUCGUGCAAGACUUGGAGUGUCAAGUUGCGCAGGAGGGUGGUCGUAAAAAAGAAGGGUCAGCAGCCUGUUACCAACCAGUGAAUAAAGUGUCAGGUGUGUUGGAGGAGGAUGACGAUGAGGAAGACAUAAGUACUGGAGAUCUGGUGGAAGGGGGGACACUGGACAACAGUACCUCAAACAAUACCACCGACCUCGGCUCUCUCGAAGUCAACGACGGGGACGAGGAUGAGCAAGAGGACGAUUCGACCAGUGAUGAUUUCUCCGGUUACGGCGACUCAGCCGACUUGGCCCUUCUGCCCAGAGACUUGAGCGAUCUUGGAGAGGAGAUAUCAGACGAUGUGACUGCAGGGGUGGAAGAAUCCUUGAAGCUAUUUGGGGGCAGUAUGACUCACGGAACUAAUGACACCGAGCCAGAGACGCGUCAAAUGCCCAUGUACCUCUUUCAGGGUCAGUACACGGCCGAACCCAGGCUGAAUCGCUUCAUCGAUGGUGCUUUGCGCAACAUGGGGAACGAAGUCCGAAUCUCCUCCAUGGAUCCAAUCUACUUCCGAGUCAUGCCUCGCGGACAAGUCCAGGAAAGGGGAAAACCCAUUCGAAUCCAGAGGGUAAAGACAAAGGUGAAAAGACGACGACCAGGCCAAGGUCGACGGAGGAGACGUGACACUCCUGUAGUCGACUCGCGGAUCACAAUCCUCGAAUCCCAAUUAGAAGAGGCCACUGCUGCCCGAACAUUUGGCUUCCGACGUCGCAAUAGAAUCCUCGCACAACGGAAACGAAAUCGAGCAAAACGGAUUCGAGCACGACGACGACGUCAACGCCAACGCCGCAAGCAACUACGACUUCGAGGCAAGAAAAAGAACGGGGUGGUUCCCGCAAGACGGAGGAAACGCCAAAGAGGAAUUCGCAACCGGAUCGCCCAACAACAGAAGAAGAAAAAUGCAAAAAAGUUUGCUAAGCGGAACGUGGGUGGGGGGAAGGUGGAAGGGCUGAGCCGCGUUGUGAGAGAUGGGGACGCCGAGAUGCAGCUAUUUGGCAACUACACCCUCAUCCGUUCACAUAUGAAAGUGGGUCCGAUCGAGUUGACCAUGCAGUUCAGAACCAAGAAAGGAAUUCGGAGAACAGGUGCCACACUUCCCGUUCUGCGAGCUCACACCGUCACUCGAGUAAAUCACGAGGGUUCUGAAAUGGUGGACUUCCUCUUGGACAGACCUCACCCGGAAACAAUUCAACUUCGUGGGAACCUAUUUCCGCUGGCUAGAAAAAUUGCGAGGAAUGUUUUCGCCCGGCUCUUCCUCCCAGAUUCAUUUUUGAUUCAAAGAAUGCGAGAAAAGACCGGUUUGGCACUCUUGUCCAAACCAACCAUUGCCACAGGUGAUGGCUACUCCAGACAUGAGAUUUAAGAACGUAUGACCUUAAAUGAACAUUACAGCGACGUAUAUAUGACCGACUAACGAACGAUAGAAUCUACAAUGUACGAAUACCUACGAGACAUGACUGACGGAAAUGACAUGACCAAUUUACAAGAACUGGCUUUUAUUGAUUUACCCAAAUCCUGCUUUCUUUGCACAUAACACACUGACUGACUGAUGCACCUGAGACAACUACGUAGGAUGUAAAUAUUUUACGAAAAUCGCAAAAAUCACAAAUCGAAAUGGACGUUUAAUUUACAAU